AUGAUUCCAAAUCUUUCUGGUGGACCAUUAAAGGAUGUCUACGUUUUUGAGAGAGGUCAUUUUCAUUGGGGAAAAAAUGACAAGAAAGGAAGUGAACACACAAUUCAUUGCAACAGAUUUCCUCUAGAAUUGCAUUUGGUCCAUUAUAGAAGAGGCUAUGGUUCAGUUAAAGAAGCUAUGAAUUAUAAGGAUGGACUCGUUGUGAUUGGUAUUAUUUUUCAAAUAAAAUCUGAAUUUAUUACUUAUAAAGGCUCUCUGACCACUCCACCGUGUACAGAAACUGUGACUUGGAUAAUAAGUAAACAAUUGUCAACUGUAAAUCCAACUGAGGUUAUUUAA